UCUCUUCUUACGGUUUCAGAUGUGGCCUAAACCUCCUUAAGACCAGGACCAGGACCAGCCCUUCCUUUCCGAACACGAAUCCCAUUCAUUCACUAACUCAUCAAUCAAAUUCAAUCAUCCAUCAACACAUAUAAAAAUCAUUUUUCCCUUUCUCCAAUUUCUAAUCUAUUACUAUUAUUUUUCCCGGAAAAUUUUCCUAUUUUCCAUGAAUGUUCUGGCUCUAGGGCGCUUCCUCACUUCCCCCUUAUAUAAGUCUUCCCCUCUCACUCCCUCCCCAAUCCAAUUCACACCCAUUUUUCUUCAUCCCCCAAAGUUUCAAUCUUUGUAUUCAAUUCACCCUUUCUCUCUCUCCAUGGCCACUUGUGUUGAUGCCUCAACCCCUCUUUCUCGGAAACCUAACGGGUCCCAAUCCGAUGAUCAUUCCUUUAAUUACAUGAAAUUCUGCCGACCCUCUUUCUCUGAUCGCGUUCCCUGCAUGCCCAUUUGCAAGAAUCGCGACACCGCCUUCACACGUGUGGAGGAGUUUGACACACGUGUGGAGAAUCAUGUUGAGGUUGACGUUGUAGAGGGUGUUGAUCUUUGGUUGAAGAUUCAAGAGGAAGCAAGGUUAGAUGUUGAUCAAGAACCAAUCUUAUCCAGCUACUAUUUCAGUUCCAUUUUGUCUCACAAAUCCUUGGAGAGUGCCUUGGCCAACCACCUCUCCACAAAUUUGAGCAGCUUGAGCCUUCCAAGCAGCACCCUUUAUGACCUUUUCAUGGGUGUUUUUGCCGAUGAUAAUGACAUCAUAGGUGCUGUCAAAGAUGAUUUGAUAGCUGUUAAGGAGAGGGACCCUGCUUGCAUAAGUUAUGUGCAUUGCUUGUUGAAUUUCAAGGGUUUCUUGGCAUGCCAGGCUCAUAGGAUUGCUCACAAAUUGUGGCUCCAAGGGAGGAAGGUCUUGGCACUGUUGAUUCAGAAUAGGGUUUCUGAUGUUUUUGCUGUGGAUAUUCACCCUGGUGCGAAAAUUGGACGUGGGAUUUUGCUGGAUCAUGCAACAGGACUUGUUGUGGGGGAGACUGCAGUUAUUGGGAAUAAUGUGUCAAUUUUGCAUAAUGUGACAUUGGGAGGGACUGGUAAGGCUAGUGGGGAUAGACACCCUAAGAUUGGUGAUGGGGUGUUGAUAGGUGCAGGGACUUGUAUUUUGGGGAACAUUAAGAUUGGUGAUGGAGCUAAGAUUGGUGCAUGUUCUGUUGUGUUGAAGGAAGUGCCACCAAGAACUACUGCUGUUGGGAACCCUGCUAGGUUGGUUGGAGGGAAGGAUAACCCUAUUAAAUUGGAUAAGAUGCCUAGUUUUACCAUGGACCAUACUUCAUGGUCUGAUUAUGUUAUCUAGAGGCUAAUUAAUUUGUCUAACAUGUUUUUAGAGUUUUUGUGUUUAAGUGGAAUUGUUUUGGUUGAGGGGGGGCUUGGUGGUUGUUGUGUAAGAGAGAAUCUAAGUUCUCCUGCUGACAACAGGGUGUCCUUCGAAUCAUGGUGUUAGAUUUUUAAAAGAAUAGUUACAUGUAGUAGUUCUUUGUUGUUGUAAGGUGCCAUGCCAUGAUGACAACCCUUUGUGUAAAAUUUAUGAUAUGGAUAUUUCAGCUUGCUUAGGUUACAUUCCUGGUCUCAUUGUCUAUCGCUUAUCCUUGCUGAGGAUUCAAUUUAGUACUAAUCUAAAAUUGUUGUAGACUUGUAGUGA